AUGGAUAUCAAUUCGCUUCUUUCGCCGGAUUCGAAUCCCAAGUCUGGAAAUUCGACGCCCGUCCCUGGUCCUACGUCGAACAACGCACCGGCCACCUCUGCAGGGCCAUCCCCCCACAAAGCUAUUGAGAGAACUCGGACAGGCUCCAGACGAAGGGGCAAGACUUCUUCGCCUCUUGCACAGCAGGUGUAUGCUCCUACUGGAGAAUCUUCGCCCGGACCUAGCGGAGGAAAUGGGACUUCUCCAACUGAAGUGCCCUCAAGACAGCCAUCCACGCCGGGAAUGGACACUUUGGCAGAUCUCGCCUCGAUGCAGCACCACCAGCCACAACGUCCAACACCGACUAGUAUGCUUCGUAGUACCGAGUCCUACGAGCACCAGUUAUCCCCGUCUACUAUUCACCCACACGUCAAUUCUAUUACCCACAACACACCUACAUCUCGGAUGUCUUUCGAGAUCGCCAUGUCAGAUGGACGCGACGGGCCCGCGAAGAGGACCUAUGCCGCAACUUCGCUCGACCCUGAUGCGCAACGGAUGGCGACCGAACUUUUUCAUCAAAUCUCCCUCAACCCCCACACGCAUGACGCGCACGUGCAGUUUAUCGGAUUGCUGCAUGCAGGAUUUGUCAACCACGUCUACCCACCGAAUAACCCAGAUGUCCACGGUGACCCGCGACGCUACGAUCUACUUAAUGACUUGAAAACUGCACGUGAAGAAAUGGACAAGCUUUUCGCCAUGGGGGAAGAUCUUUGGGCUGAAUGGAUUCAGGAUGAGAGUAUGUUAGCUCAAGAUGUCGACGGGCGCAUUGCUGUCCUAGAACUCUGCCAAAGAUCUGUCGAAGAGGAAUUUGGCAGCACAAAAUUGUGGAAUAUCUACGGCGAAUGGGUUCUUUAUCUUUACAAUUCUGCUCAUGGCGAAGCCAGUUCCCAGUGGACCGAAGAGGAUCGCAUGGUUGGGCGCGAGGUGUUCACGUGGGAUUCGGUUGUGGAGGUGUGGCAACGGGGCGCAGAUGCUACCAAAUGGAGAAUCAACAACAGCCACCUCGUCUGGGAUCGCCUUUUGGAUCUCUAUGCCGAGGACAUCGCUCGCGCACCUUCCCAAGAAAAGAUCAACCAUCUUCAUGGGCUAUAUGGCCAUCGUUUGCAAACUCCUCACGCCACUUGGGACCAAACCUUCCAAAAGUUCUCGAGCUUCAUUUCGACUUAUUACAACAGCAAGUAUGAGGAGAUCAUGUCUGAGACUGUUGCCCGCGCAGCGGAGCCAAAGGCUCUAUACAAUGCACGAGAGGAAUUCGAACACCGCCUAGCCAAAGCGCAAGAGUCUGGCGAUCGUACUCUGGAAUGGACAGUUUACACCGAGUACAUUGAUUGGGAAUUGACACGCAACCGCCAGAAACGAGGAGAUUUCAGCUUCGACUUGGUAAAUGCUAUUUAUCAGCGCGCCGUUCUUCGAUUCCCCACCGAUGUGUCGCUUUGGGAAGAUUAUGUCAUGUUUUUGAUCGGGGAAUCUCUUCGUCGCCGGGCUUCUACUACGACAAUCUCUACUCUGGACCGUGCCACGCGUCAUUGUCCAUGGUCUGGAAAUCUGUGGUCCCAGUAUCUGUUAAGCUCGGAAAGAGAGAACCAGUCGUUCAACAAGAUCUCGAGUAUCAAGCACAAGGCGACUAGUACUGGAUUGCUUGACGCUGGUGGUUUGGAAGAAGUCCUGAAGGUUCAUGUCACCUGGUGUAGUUAUCUUCGCCGACGCGCCUUUUUGUCUGACUCGACCGACGAAGAUCUUGAUGUCGCGGAAGUCGGCAUUCGCUCAGCCAUCGAAAGCGUGCAAGAGCUGGGUGAAAAGAAGUAUGGCCCAGCGUAUCAGGGCGAUCCUCUUUUCCGCCUGGAACGGAUUUAUAUUCGUUUCCUCAGCGAAAGCGGCAGCUGGGACAGCGCGCGAGAGACAUUCAAAGGUUUAGUGGCGCGUCGCGGCAGUAGCUACGAAUUCUGGCUCACUUAUUACGGAUGGGAGUUGAUUUGCUGGAGCAAAUUCUUGACGCAGCGCGCCGAACCCCCCAAUCCGAGCUAUGCUACUGCUGUGCUCAAACAGGCAAUCCAGAGAACAGAUCUUGACUGGCCUGACAAGAUUGUUCAGACAUACGUGACACAUUGCGAGGACUAUGAAGACUCUGAUGAGCUCCAGCUAGCUGUGAUUGAGACUCGUAAAGCAAUGCGCGCUGUCACUGCCCGGAGGGAGAGGGAAGCACGAGAGGCAGCAGCAGCACAGCAACAGCACCAGCAGUGGGAGUCCGCAGUGGAAGCAGUUACUUCACCUGAAAAGAGAAAACGCGAAGAUGAAAAAGACGAAAUGCCGGAAACCAAAAAGGUCCGCAAUGAAGAGGCAUCGGCGGAGAUUCCUGCUCCUCCACCACGGGAUCGAGAAAAUGCGACCGUUAUCGUCUCAAACUUGCCGAAGGGUACCACUGAACGGCUCGUUCGUCAAUUCUUCCGUCAUAUUGGUACUAUCAACACUGUCAAAAUGCUCCAAAGAGACGAGAAAAACUCCGAGGUUGCGGUAAUUGAGUUCGAAACCAAGGAAGAUGCUCUUGCGGCUCUCACUCGCGAUCAAAAGCGCUUCAACGACACUGAUGACAACGUCAUCGACGUGCAAAUUGGGUCACAGACGACACUUUGGAUCACCAAUUACCCACCGACUGCGGAUGAGGACUACCUCCGCAACCUUUUCAGCAAAUAUGGCGAAGUACUCGACGUUCGAAUGCCGUCUCUCAAGUUUGACACUGCCAGGCGCUUCUGCUACUUGCAGUUCGAUUCUUCCAGUGCUGCCCACCAUGCCACAGAGCUUCAUGGAAUGCGAUUUGAAGAUGGCAAAAAGCUCAGUGUUAAGAUAUCUGAUCCGGGACAAAAAACAGCCCGCAGUGGUCCCAGAUACGAAGGACGAGAAGUCUAUGUGUCCAACAUUGCCUGGGAUGCCAGUGAAAAGGAUUUGAAAGAGCUGUUCUCCAAAUUCGGUGAAAUCGAAAAGGUCUUGAUUGAACGGAAGCUUAAUGGCGGCAGCAAGGGGUAUGGCUUUGUUACUUUCUUAACCAAGGAGGCUGCCAAUGACGCCGUCGCAAUGAAUGGACAUGUGUUCAGGUCACGUCCACUUUAUGUUGAAAUUGCUACCACCGACACUCGGCGUGGAAACCAAAUGAUCAUCUCUCGAGUUGCGGCACACCCGGCGAAUCGCGGUGUCCAAGGAUUUGAAGUACCGGUUGGGGAGCAUGCACAGCGCACACUUGCCUUGAUGAACGUCCCCGAUACCGUCAAUCAAGCCCGCAUCCGUGCUCUCGUCGAACCAUAUGGGCGUUUAGUUGCGAUCAAUUUGCGCCCAGAACAUCAAGGUGCUAUUGUGGAAUAUGUCGAUAUUCAGGAUGCCGGCAAAGCUUCGUUGGCGCUUGAAGGGAAGGAGAUCACUGCUGGACGUCCCCUCCAUAUCGGCACAGUCCGAGAGAUGAUGAACUCGCAACCGGAAGUCAAAAAAGACCGGGGACCAUCAGUCAAACAUGACGCUAAAUCGAAGAAGAUGAAUCUACAACCUACGGGACCGAUUAGACGCCCGCAGCAGCCUGGCGGCCGGAAGGGUGGUCUGGGGAUGAAACGACAGAUUGCACCUCCCGGUCCGAAACAACCUGCGGCUAACCCGGUUAGCGACAAAAUGGACACGGCGCCCGAUGGCGAGAGCAAACCGAAAAAGAGCAAUGAUGAUUUCCGCGCUAUGCUCCAACAAAAGCGUCCGGAAUGA